AUAAAGCAAAGUUUUGGACGAUGGAUUUCGAAGGCAUCAAUGACUCUUUGGGCCAUUUUGGCAGAUACCAGAAAUACGUGUUUAGUCUCGCCUGCAUAGGAUUCUUAAUACCUGCUUUGUCAGUGGUCUCCAUCACGUUUGUCGGCAAUCCUGUCAAACACAGAUGUGUGGUGCCAAACUGUGACGACAACAGUACUUAUUACAAUGAGAUGUUUACUGAGUGGGCCAUCCCAGAGGGUGACCAGUGUCAUGUCUGGGCACUUGUAAACAUUACUGACCAGUGUGAGCCAGAUGUAUUUCUCAAUACAACUACAUCAUGCUCACAGUGGGUUUAUGACACGUCUUUGUUCUCUGCAACUACUGUCACUGAG